AUGUCGCAACGAGCCAGCCAACCUCCUGCACGGGAGUCAAUGUCCCCGGCAGAUGAGCAGCAUCAUGACACAUCUAAAGGCAGACAAUCACCAUAUACAAGAUCCGACGGUGGCUCAUUUCGGCGCACAGCUAUGUCGAUGAGCGGUAGUCGAGCAAGCGGGGAACUGGAGGGGAGUACACUGGGGAGCAACUCCCGGGAUGGUGAUAGAAGAACCCCGAAUCAGCGUAGGACGCCAAGCUCAGGUGGGUUCUUGCUGGACUCUCUACCUCGCUCGAAUAGUACUAGGAUCAGUUCACACCGAUCUCGUCCAUCUGAACCCUUGCCGGAGCAACACACCACGCCCGAACCUAAUAUACCGGUACACAAGAAGAGAUCCCGACUACCUUGGAUUCGACACAAGAACUCUGCCUCCGAGUCAGCUGCGAAUAGCCCCGUAUCACAACACAAUACCACACAUGAUACCCCAGUAUCACCUCCAGACGACCAGCAAUCCCGGGCUUCUUCAUCAGCUGAGCCACCAGCCCAUAAUACACAGGAGGCCACGAAUGGGCUUGACAGGGAUUCUUUACAAAUCGUGAGCUUGGCUUUGAAUUUGAAUGAAUCUCGAAGGAGGAAUGCUUCUGGAUUACCUUUGGGAUCUACCGGGCGUAGACCAUUGUCUGUUUCCCAACCUGUCUCAGUCCCCGGGGACUUGCAUGGCCCAAAUUCAAGAGCAAACUAUGGAUCGCAAGACCAAUCAUACCGCAACUUUACGCAAUUUUCCGAAGAUGAACAUCGAAUGCCACAAUCGGGUGGGAAAUCACCCGUAGUGGAUCUGCUGCCGGCUGCCGUGGUCAAUGACCAAAGAGCCUAUGAGUUUUCUGAUAGGACCCUUGCUCGAGCAGAAAGAGCCCGGAGACAUUUCGAUCUAUUCCAUGAGUAUUUGAGGCUACUUCCAUUCCUACCUCCUCUUCGCAAUACUCCAAGUAUCAAGGAAGGCGAUGCGUCAACGCAUCCAGACCAUGAUUCACCACCCCAUCGUCUAUAUAAUCCGCUCCAAAUGGUUCGGAACAGACGAAUCAGGUAUCGAGAGAAAAGCCCCAUACACGCAGAGGCCGAAGGCUGGGAUGAUACAGAGAAAGUCCAUGAAUGGAUAAACAGCAUCGAAGCAAACUAUCACGACAAGACCUAUAACGAAACACAAUCUAUCAAGCUUCCAAUUUUCAAGCAGGGACAUCAACAAGCCUCUCAAGGGGAUCCUGAUGAUAUCGAAAUGUCAGCUGCUUCGCCUCCAUCAAGCCUAAGACGCGUGAGCAGAACAAAUAGCGUUAAGGCUACUCGAUUGCGUCUUGAUUGGCAAACAUCGCCUGCAGAGCUUAUCGCAGACGCUGCAUGGGUCGAAGCUGUUUCUAACAAAGUGAAAAUCGUUGACAAGGAAGGGAAUAAGAUAUACCCAGAGUCGAAUGGCCUUGUACUGGUAGAUCCAAAUGCCGACCUCGCGGCCAUCCAACGAGAACGAGAACGAAGGUCAUUCGACGUUCCUCUUUCUGCAGAUGAUGGCCCCUCUUCUAGGCAUACUUCAUUAUCAAGUUCUCACCCAGCUCGUGCUCAUGAGUUCAAGAGCGUGGGUCGGGGCCGCCACAAGCACAAAUUCCAAAGUCGGGCUCAAAGAUCAAGAAGUCGCAGCAUUUCCAGUUCGCGAAAACCGCGACGAUGGGAUAGGAUGAGGAUGCGCCCGGGCAGCGCUUCCAGCUCGUCCAGUGACGAUGAUCGCAGAUCUGUGGAUCGAAAACAUAGGACCCUAGAGCAUUCUCGGAGAGACCUAGAAAAAGUUCUUCACAGGAGUCUAGCAGACUCAUCCGAAUCCCGUAUAUCUCAAAACAAAGCGCCCGCAAGAGCCUUGAAUAAAGAGCGCAAUCAACCACCCCUAUCCCUAAAUACCAAAGGGAACUUUGCGGCAAGGCAAGCUUCGUUUUCGUCGGCUGGAAGCCUUGAGGAUCGAUUCAACCCGCGUGUCUCCAUAGAAGGCAUGGACAGUACCGCACCAAAUUCUCCUGCUCAAGUUGCGUACUUCCCAAGUAUUGCCGUUAACCUGUCACCACCUUCGAGUCGAUCUCCGUCACCAGCCAAAAGAAGUCUCCGCCAUAAGAUUGUUGCGCGCCAUGAAAGAAGCAAGAGCAAGCAAGGAGAUCGGGAGUUCCGAGAUAAUGAAGAACCAGGCUCCAUUCCGGAAGGAACGACACCAAAUAUCUUACCACCUCCAUUCGAGCAAGCCGAAUUUUCCUCCAAACUUGAACCAAGCCCCAUUCUAGAUGUUGUUUCUCCAUCUUAUAUUGAGAGCCCUGGCGCGAAUGAAUCUCACAGAGAGGAUUCCUUAAGGGGUCGGAAGGGCCAACAUAUGCCCGAAUCGAAACUCCGUGGAAUUCUCAAAGGCCCAGGCCGAAUAGCAGAGAUGGUGGGCAAUGAGGUUUCGAAGGUUGGAGACCUUAUUUUGAAGAAAGAACUGCCUCCUGAUUCUCGCAAAUCAUCAUCCGCAACCACGCUUGCCUCGGAUUCAAGCGACUCCGAAGAAGAAGAGAAGAAGUUUGACAAGCGGUCCGGUCCUAAAGGUCUCUUGAGACGUCUACCAACUCGCGCAGAUGAACCUGGGCGUCUCAUUCGCCGAGAUUCGGAUAAAGGCACACCCCCAAGAGGCGUCGGUCCGACUUUGCCAACCUUUACAUCGCCAUUGAGAAAGGAUGACAGGAGUGGAGCGAUUGAGGCCAUGGAUCUUGGUAGCCCGGGCGAACGUACAACUCCAUCGCGCGGUAGCCCUAAACGAAUGGGGUUGUCUCGAAGCAAAACACUUGACUUUGGCCCUCCCUUAAGCUCACAUCGUGGACAUACAAAACCACAUCAGAUCAAGGAUCCCUCAGUCCCAUUCAGUUUGACUCGUCCUCCUGUCACUGGGCUAGCUCAAGCCUCACCUGGGUCUCCGAAAGACAAAAGACCACCUCUUUCCGGUGGCACGCGUGCCUGGAGUAUUUCAGAUCGCAGUCUGCAAACUUUGAAUGAUUUCGGUGUUCCUGACAAGGCGGAAGUCGAACGAACUCGAACUCUCCUCCUCUCAUCAGGCAUAAAGGCACGUGAGAUUACGAGAAGGGCUCAUACUAUUCGUGACCCACCGCCCCAAUGGCUUCAAAACUCCGCAGGGUCAUCUGCAUCUAUUCCUCGGGUGACCAGGAUCGGCGAAUUCGACCUUGCUGCUCAAAAUCUCCUCCAAAGAUUCGAAGUGACACAAUACUCUUUCCAGCAAUCAAUGCACCACUUUACUACGACGACUUCUUCCCCUCUACGCUCCCAACUAAAAGACCUGGAGACUCUUGUUUACCAAACACUUACACCUCGCGUGCGCGCCACUGCCGAUGAUGCCGAAGAUAUGUGCGUGCAGCUCAACUCAACCAGCACGCUCGCUGUGAAAUCACUCAGUGACGCCCUUGAUCGAGGUAUUCGAAAGAGACGUCGCCGACUUCGGUGGGUUCGACGCACUGGGUUCGUCCUACUCGAAUGGGCUCUAGUUGCUAUGCUGUGGUGGGUCUGGUUGAUUGUUAUGGCUUUCAAAGUUGUCCGUGGUGUCUUUCGCGGAGCUAUUUCCGGUGCUCGAUGGAUUCUCUGGCUGUAA